ACAGCUGCAGCGAAUGCCCUGCUGCCUGCAAGCCCGUCAGGCAGGAGUGGAGGAACAAAAGCGGAUUACUCCCCCUUUCUCCCUGUGUGAGCUUUUGUGCUUUUCCCCAGCAGCCUCAGAAGGGCUGAUCUCUCCACCUCUCCUCAAUGCCUCCUGCAGCCCUGUGAGGGAGGCAGAGUUGUAGCUUCAGUGGCCCUAGCUGUGGUCCAGGAUGCAUCAGAUGAUAAAAGAAGAAUCCAGUUACAGAACAAGCAGCCUUGAAAAUGCAACUCGAGAGCAGAGCAAAGAAAAGCUGCACAUGAAACUCUGCAGUGGGUCCUGCCAUGCUGAGCAAAUCCUCCGGACUCUGAACUCCUACCGGCAGAGCGGCAUCUUCACGGAUGUGGUGCUCUUGAUUGAUGGGCAGGAGUUCCCCUGCCAUCGGGCCACCUUGUCAGCCAACAGCACUUACUUCCGGGCCAUGUUCGGUGGUAGCCUCAAGGAAGGCCACCAAGAUAUCAUCAACAUCCAGAAGAUCUCUGCCUCCACCAUGAGCCUCCUGCUGGACUAUAUGUAUGGGGGAAACAUAGUCAUUCAGGAAGACAAUGUUGAAGACAUCUUAGAGCUAUCUGACUUGCUUCAGAUCUCCAAGCUCACAGAUGCGUGUGUCACCUUCCUUGAAGGCCAGCUUCACCCAUGCAACUGCUUGGGCAUCCUGAAGUUCGCCGACUCAUUCUCCAUCGCCUCCCUGGCUGAGAAGAGCAAGAGGUUUAUGCUAGAAGGCUUCGUGGAGGUGUCAUGUCACGAGGAGUUCCUGGAGCUGAGCGUGAAGGAGCUGGUCAAGUAUCUGUCAGAUGAGCAGCUGGUAGUCCCCAAGGAGGAAGUGGUCUUCGAAGCGGUGAUGCGGUGGGUACGGCAUGAUGUUGCCACCAGGAAAGGGGCUUUGAAGGAUCUCCUCGAGCACGUGCGCCUCCCUCUGCUGGAUCCCAUGUACUUCCUGGAACAGGUUGAAAUGGACGAGCUCAUCCAGGACUCCAAGGAGUGCAUCCCUUUACUGCACGAAGCACGGAAGUACUAUAUCCUUGGGAAUGAAGUCAGCUCUCUGCGGUCAAGGCCUAGGAGGUUCAUGGAAUUAGCAGAGGUCAUAGUAGUUGUAGGUGGCUGUGAUAAGAAAGGCCUCUUGAAGCUCCCCUUCACUGAUAUGUACCACCCGAAGAGCAGGCAGUGGACAGCACUCUCUAGCGUGCCAGGGUACACCAAAUCGGAGUUUGCAGCCUGCACCCUAAAGAAUGACGUGUAUAUAUCAGGAGGGCACAUCAACAGCAGCGAUGUUUGGGUGCUGAGCUCCCAGCUGAAUGUCUGGAUCAAAGUUGCCUGUCUGCACAAGGGCAGAUGGAGGCACAAAAUGGCGACUCUUCAGGGCAAGAUCUACGCAGUGGGGGGGUUUGACGGCUUUUACCGCCUGGCCAGCGUGGAAUGCUACGAUACAUUCUCCAACAGCUGGUCGGCCGUCACCCCUUUGCUGGAAGCGGUGAGCUCGGCAGCUGUGGUCCCCUGUCUGAACAAGCUCUACGUGAUUGGGGGUGAUGUGGAUGACAGCGCAAACACAGACAAGGUCCAGUGCUAUAAUCCUGAGGAGAACAAAUGGACAUUCCUGUCUCCUACUCCCUUCUAUCAGAGGUGCAUUAAUGCUGUCUCCUUGGACAACAUGAUUUACGUUGUGGGUGGACUCCUGAGUAAAAUCUUCAGCUACGAUCCCAGGAAAGACACCUGGAGAGAAGUGGCCACGCUCCCAGGACCUCUGGAGAGCUGUGGGGUGACGGUGUGCGGUGGGAAGAUCUACAUCCUGGGUGGCCGGGAUGAGAAUGGGGAAGGCACGGACAAAGCUUUCACCUUUGACCCAGCGACGGGGAAUGUGGCUCAGCAACCCCCGCUGCAACGCUGCACCAGUUACCACGGCUGCGUUACCGUUCUCCAACGUGUGAGCAGAUGACCCUGUCGCUUCCUUCCCCUCCCCGGGAAGAAUCCCCCUGGAGAAGGCAGUUACCCUCAGUGCCAAAAAAUGACCCUCUGUCCUGUUCAUUAUUGUUAUGUGCCAGUCUGUGUGGAAGAGCAACGUCAGGUGACCAAUGCAGGCAGGAAGGAAGGUGGGGGUCAGGGGAGUCACGACUGCAAAUAUUAAGUAAUUGCUUUCAUUGUUUUGGUGGAGACGAAUGCUGCUUUGUGCUGGGGGAGGAGGGAUGUGGGCAGUACGUAACGUACGGGGCAGGGAAUACUGCGCUAAGACCGUGCCCUCCAGUAGGUCUCAAGUAAAGCUCGUCAGCAAUUUUCUGACAAAACAUUUUUUUUUUCUUUUUUUUGGUCAGAACUGAAACUGUUGGCAAAAUGGCACCUGAUUCGACAGACUCUGAAAACUUUUGGUUUAAAAAAAGGAAAGUUCCAGUUGUUCAAGACUAAGAGAAUUUUUGCUUGUAAAUUUUAGUCAAUGUACACCCACACACACGGAAAAAAGGUCGCAUUCUGCACAAAACCCUUUGAAAUUAUAGAAACAGUUAAAAUGACCUGAACUGAUUUUAUUUUAUUUUUAUUAUUAUUAUUUUUCAAUUUGUGGAAAUUUUUCGGAUUUUUUGCCUUUUUUUAAUCCCAAUUUGGGAUGGGGGAAAACAUUUCAAAAUGUCAAAACUUCUCAAGUGUCUGAAAGGUAUCUGAUUCUAUUUAAUGACCUUUAAUCAGCUCAGCCCUACCAGGUAUCUGCUUAAGACAAGAAAGGUUUCAUCAUAGAUUCCAGUUCCCCAGUUCAUUACAACCUGAGGCCUUGAUCCUGCAGAAAUGUCUGUACAUGCAUCCCAGUGGGAAGGUUAAGAUUCUGUCAUGGGUAUUUUUAGUAAAAGUCAGGGACAGGUCAUGGACAAUAAACAAAAAUUCACGGAAGCCCGUGACCUAUCCCUGAUUUUUCCUAAAAGCACCUGGACGAGAUGGGGAACAAACAGAGUGCUGCUGGGGCUUGCAGCUACUCUGCCUCGCUGCGUCUGUGGCAGGGGCUGACCCACAAGGGCUGAUCCAACUCCGGCUGCUGCUCUGGCGGGCCAGGGACCGCUGCUUAGCAGUUCUGGCAGCCCCUGGGGCUGACCACCGGCCCACUGUUCCAGUUGCCCCGGAAUCCAUGACCUCCAUGAUGGAAUUGUAUCCUUACCCCUUGGUCAAGGUGUGUUAUGUCUCCCUCUCUUCCCAAUCUACAGAGGGUAUGAGUGCAUUACAGUCCCGGAUAGCAAGCCUGGCUCUUAGCUCAAGCUGUAGAGAUUUGUCCUUUUAGCUGUGGAGGGCUUUGGUUCCAUUCCUUGAGCCAGCCAAGAGAGCAGCCAUCAUGCAUGCAGAGUUUACACGCUGACAUUCGGUCCCAUUGACUUUGGGUGUCUGGGCCUGACUUUAGACUAGAUACCUCAGGCAGAAUUCUCAGCUGGACCCCUGAAAAAACCUUCUACUAAAAAAAAAAAGUGUAAAUCUUUUGUUCCAGCUCUGGGUUGAGCCAACCUGUUGGACAUGGUUGUUCUCCCCUGGGGUCCCCGCCCCGCUCAUGCCUUAGGUUGCCUGGUGCUGCGCUCCCCCCCAUGGGAGGAGCGGUGUGAAGAACCGAAACACGGCAGGUGGUGGAACACAGCUUGGCUUAGAUGUAGGUUGAGCUGGCAAUUAGAAAAAAGGUCUUUUCACUUGUAAACUUAGGAGACUUGAUGAACAGCUCCUGAGAGACAAUAAUCACGGAGCCCCAGGAUGCCUCUUCUUCAGAGAAGAACUACACUUUCAGGUCAUGUCCUUAACCCACUGCUGGAAUGGUUGGUUUCUGAUUGGCCCAUCAAGGGGACAGCAUUGUCCAAUGAGGUUAGGACUUACAGUGGCUCCCAAACUCUGUGCUGGGCCUCUGACUUGUGCCUCUUAGAAACUCCAAGGUACCUGGUGUCACAUGACCUAAACCCACUUCCAGCAUCCCCCUGAUUGAGUUUGAAGGCCCCUAUGUAAGGAGGCCAUAAAUGGACCACAUAAUUGUUCAGAGGUAGGUUCCCUUUAAUAGUGACAGGCAACUGGAUCACAGUUUUCAGCUGUUUGUAAUAUUGGGCUGGAAAUCUUGUGGGCAUAGGAUCUUUAGUGAGUUUCUCUAGCUUCUCACUCCAGAGCUAGAAGCUUGAAAACCUUCUUUUUUUUAACAUUUCAGAACCUCAGAGACCAUCUAUGUAUUGAAGGCUCAGGGGGUACUUAUUGUUCCUGAACCAUCUCUUCUGUCCCUACCCUUCAAAUCCCCAAAAGCUCAGUGUCUUCAAAAACAAUGUAACUUGGGAUGAGAUAAAAUAUUUGAAGAGUCUUUAACCAUUCCUGCCCCCUCACAAUGAUGAUUAAAAUCCUUCUGCAGACCUUUAUUUGUUUUAAUUUGACAAAGUUGAUGUUUAUUCCUUAGGCGCUGUGUGAGAAAUAUCUGACUUGCUCCAGUGCUAGGUAAAUACUAAGUCAUGUCAGUGCCCUUACAAGAUUUACUGUGAUACACUAAAAUGGGCCCAUAGGCUUUUUCUAGCUCUGGAAAGGACUCCUUUGCUCUGCUCUGCUCCCCCCACACCCUCAAACUUUCCAUUUGUGCUGAACAUCAAGGAAAAAGGCACAAUCUCAUUAUUCCCAUUAGUCGUCAUCCUACCAAGGAGAGACUCUGCAGCUUCAUUUCACCAGCUUGGAACUGAGUGGUCUCGUUUGCCCUCCAAUAGCAGGUAGGUGGAAAUGGGCUUGUUAAUUUUUGGUACUAUUUGCCCUUUCCUUCCCAUUCUUGUGGUGCCCUCACCUGCACAAUUACUUCUGUGGUCUCCAGUGACUAUGAAGCCUGAAGACAGCUUUUAAAGUGGAGGAAUGUGUUGCUGGGCUGGCAAGGUAGAGGUUAAGUCCCCUGGUUCUGUACAGAACAGGUACAGCAUGGGCAGUGGCAGGGCAAGCUUCCUCUCCAAUGUUGUGGUUGAUUUGUAUCACAGUAGCACCUAGAGUCUUAAGAUCAGGGCGCUAUUGUGCUAAGUGCUGUAUAAUAUAGGAAGAGACAGUUCUUGUCCCAAAGAGCUUCCAAACAUUCUCCCCAUUUUACUGAUGAGAAACUGAGGCACAGAGUAAGUGACUUGCCCAGGAUCACACAGGGAAACUGUGGCAGAGAUGUGGGAAUUGAACCCUCUUCUCCUGUAGCCUAACCUGGCAUCUCAACCAUCAGGCCAGCCUUCCUUUUAUAUUGUGGCUGAACCAGGAACUGUGCCUUGGAGGGCACCUCGUGGGAGUAAGAGUGUAGUUUGUUCUACAUGCUCGUUCAGCGCUGCCUGCUGGCAUCCCCAACGAGGCAGGUGAUGUAAACGCCUAUGAACCAGGCCUGAGAUUGCUAAUCCGCUUCACACAGGUCAUAGCAGGAAGACAAAGCUCAAUGAUCCCAAGACCUUUGAAGGGAGGAGAGGUGGUGGAUGACUUGCUUCCAGAUGACUGCAGACUGUGAAAAGCAGUUUCUUUGCCCACAAAGUUAGUGCCAGGGUGGGUGUGUUGGCGUUUUGAUUAAAACGAAGGCUGGACAGUGCCAGAAGGUCUAAAACCCUGUCCCUGAUGAGUGUACUUGAAUUCCAUGUCCUUGCAUUUUACCGUAGCCCUAAUUUUCUCUCCCCUACCCAGCUGAGUGAUUGAUUAAAUUUAGAGGCACUGCUUGCUUCUGUGCUAGUCUUUGUUCCUUGAGCCUGUUUUGUCACUGCCAAAAAGAGAGGUAUUUUUACAGCAGGUUGACUCAUGCAUGCUAUCCUAGUGGAGACAAGGCUCGGUAGUUUUUACCACCAGGUAGCUAGGGUAAAGUCAGCCUCGGAUGGGGGUACAGUGCUGACCUUGCCUAGCCUGAAUGAGCUAGCUCUGAUCGUCCGCUGCUCACAGAGG